CCAGAGCAUCAGACAUUGAUUGCCUUGGAAGAUGAAGAAAUAUGUCUGCGGUGGCUAUGUCGAGCCAUGCAGCUGCUCAGAUUGGCCCUUGACGGCGCUAUGCAACAAACAUAUAAAGACCUCUUUUCCCCGAAGAUUAAGCAACGAGCAGAGCAACGGCAUCGAAUAACAAGCACAAUCACUUUCAUUUUUUCCUACAACUUCAACCCAACUCCCUUUUUUAUCCACCAUGAGUCAAGAUUCAGCCAAAGCCUCGUACCUGUCGAGCUCCAAAUAUGGGUAUGACUUUGUCGUCUCCACGACUCAAGCCUCAAUCAACUCGGACCUGCUGGCCUUUCUCGACCAGGAGGAUAUGCCUGAGCUCUACCUGUGCUUUCUCGCGGACCCGACUACUGGAGACCCUACCGAGCAGAUCUCCCUCGAUGACCUCAAGACACAGACUGGCAUUGAUCCGUUUCAGAUCCCUGCGGACACUCCCUACGAUGACGAUCAGAUUACCGCCCUUACCAAGGCGCGCUUUAUCAUCGGCAUCCGAAUCCAGAUGGGCCUACCACGGAAUGUGGAGCCCAAAUCGCUGCAGCCGGUUACCCUGGGUGACGAUGCCAGGCGGGUGGGCUUUCGUAUGUAUUGCCGGGAGCUGGACGUGAUCCAGAACACCCCGGCCAACGGCUGGGGCAAUACUGGAACCUGGAACGUUUGGAGUCAGCCGAGUGACGAGGCGUGGUCGCUUGAAACCCAGGUUGACUUGGUCACGCAGGACCUGGACAAGGACUUGGACACCCCCUACCUGAACAACAAUCCUGACCUCAAGGCGCAGCUUGAAAGUCAGCUCAAGAACCUGUCCGGUACUGCGUUUAGCCUCCAGCAACUACUCUAUGAUCUGGAUAGCGCCGUGCUGCAGUCGGUUCCGACCUUUGGGGACAUCCCCCCUGGCAGUGCGCUAGACAAAGCUCAGGAGGCCUUCACCCAGAUCUAUAGUAAGAAUGCGACGGAGACGGGGCUGCCCCUUCUGUCCAUUCAGGCUGUGGUCCAGACCGACGACAACUCCAGCCUGACACUGACGGACCUCGAGCGCCAGAUUAAUCCCAACUCAGAUGACACGCGUGUAUCCACUCUGGACUAUCUCUGCGCUGUCGAUGGGAAGACCUUGCCAACCGCGACAGCUUUUGGCUGGAACUGGGUGGCACCCGACGAAGUCAACAGUGAGAGCGGCGUCAUGGCGAUCAACCGAAACACCUUUGCCGGCUACCUAAAGGAUAAUCUGGUGACACUGGUGCGCCCCGCGUGUAUUGCCGUCACAGACGUCACAGUCAAUGGCGCAUGGUCCGGACUGGAUGCCGACUUUAGCUUCUAUGCCACGCUAACGUCAUACCAACAGCCCCAGGGCAUCGUUCUGACCGAUGCCAGCAAUGCCGCGGCCGUGCAUCUCGAGUAUAGCAGUGAGAAACUCGACUCGGCUCACAUCGGCCUGUGGUACGCCAAGCUGUGGAUCAAGAGCAACUACAAUUGUGACGUCAGCUUUGAAGGCACCAACACCAUCCAUAUCGUCCAGCACUUGGUCAUUUGGGUCGAGGUCCUAGUUGACAGCUCCGGCGCAAGCGGCAAUAUUGCCGACUACACUCUCAACGAGAAUUACACCCUCUCGGUCGACCAGGCGGGAAACCUGCAACUGUCCCGCCAAAGCAGCGACUUGACUAACAAGUCCGAUGACCCGAGCGUCAACGGUUUCAUCAAUGCCUUCACCGGUAUCAACGAGGUCAUCGACGACGUCAAGGACAAGGCUGGUAGUUUUGCUGCUGCCGAGCUUCAAGAAGUCUCUUUUGAUUCGCUGCGGAGCUUCGUCUUCCCGGGUGCGCAGGUAUUUACAUUCAAGGAUAUCCGCUUCUCCGACUACCAUGACCUACUGUGUGACCUCACGUAUGUCAAGCCAACCACGCACACCCCGGUGCGGGGAACGGCACCUGUCAACGCUGCCCGCGAGCUCACUGCAUCAUGCGAGCUCAUGCAAAACUACUUGUCUGGGGAGCUGGUCUCGCCCACGGGCAAGUUCACUGCCCUGCAGACCGACCGCGGCCUCAGCCUAGUCUUCGCUGUCGACACCGCCGGAGUGUUACACGUUUUGGAGGAGCAAAGCGGUAGAACGCACACUGGCUGGCAAGUGCGCGAUCUUUCUACGGCCGCGCUGCAAAAGGCCUUCCCUGGCCGCUCCGAUGUCGUCGUGCAUACCUUUGACGUCGCUCAAAGCGCCCUCGAUGGAUCUAUCGGCCUCAUGAUGGCCGCUGCCGUGGAUGACACUGAUCACCUGUUCGUCUCCUUGUUUAACUCCAGUGCCGACCCUUCGUGGACCACCGCACCGCUAUGGACAGCCAUUCCCUUUGAUGCUACGUCUGAGACAGCUGGCCUUGUCAUCAGUGGUAUGAUGUUUGCCGAAGUGUUCGGCCAGAAGCAAUACCUCAUCGUUGACACAGAACGUGCAAGUGAUGCCACCGUGAAGGAUAUCACCCGCUAUGUCGUCAACCCUGCCGCCACCGAGGGCUCGCGCUGGGUGAAGGCUGGCAUUCCGGUGGAUGUGGAGAGCACUCGGUAUCAAAGCUGCGUCGGGCGCAUCCCGGGUGGUCGCGUCGACGGUGUCUAUACCAGCGGCACAGUCGGGGAGUCGUCGCAGCUGGUAUAUGUCCCCCUCGAGAACCCCUACGGGGACGGACCACCGGAGACGGUCCGUCUCAGCCUACCCAGCGACGUGCAUCCCACGGCAAUUGCGGCUGCGCGCGAUUCCGACCUCAAGUCAGACAAAUACGGCUCCACCGACCUGUACGCAGUCAGUGAUGCCACCCUGUACCGCUAUGACCCAGAUGAUGAGAGCCAGGCAACCGCCCCGUCGGCCCUUGUUACAAACGAUCACCUGGCCGGGACCGAUACUCUUUUUGCCAUGACCCAUGACGGGGUGUUGACUCUCUGGGGCAAGAACGGCAGCGACGUAGUCUACUAUCUGGCCUGCCCGACCAACCAACUGUCUGUACCCGGUGCAUGGACCGCUCCAGUUCCUGUCUUGACGGGGAUUGAGCGCCUGUCGCCGUAUGUGAACCGCGCUGACGGUGGUCGGACAGUCUUUGCUGCCGGCGGAGGGAGCGUCCAGAAACUCACCCAAGGGCCCAGCACCGCCGGUAGCUUGUGGCGCCCCCAACGAAUCACCCUGGUGGCCGCCCCUACGGAGCCAGCCCUGUCCUUCAACUCAUAUACCACCACACUUCAGGUGAUCGGAGCUGACAAGUUGCCGGUCCGCGAUGUGCCCCUGUCCAUUUCCUCCGCGGCAGCUACGCCCGUCUACAUGAACGGACUGUACUACGUGCUCGGUUCCACACCAGUGAGUGUGAAGACCGACGCCAUGGGCACUGUGACGGUCAUUGAAGCGACGGACGACCUCCAAGGCACUCCGCUCACGGUGACGAUGGUGGAUGAUGCGUCAGGCACCCCGCUGGUCAUCCGUCCGUUGGACACGGCGUGGAAGAAGCUCGCCCAGCUCAACUCCAGCGAAGCCCUGCGUGAUGCCCACGUCCCAGCGGAUACCGUUGCGGGCGGCGUGCUUGGGUCGACCACGACAGCCCCGUUAGUCGACUCUUCUGUCGGUGACAGCGACGUGCAGACUAUUGCGGCCACCAUGGAUCAGCUAGGUACUGCCUGGUCGAGCAUCCAGAGCGGGAGUACCAAAGCCUGGGCCACCCGGAAUCGAGGCGUAGUCCCAGCCACACUCUUCCAGGGUCGCCCCCAGGCGUCCGGUCGAGGUAUCUCUGACUGGAUCGCCAUGGAGGCCGGUGAUCUCUUCCGCUGGCUGGAAACGGGAGUAGAGGCAUUGGUUGAAGUUAUCAAGGAUGCGGCGACCGAGGCUUGGCAUUUCAUUGCCCACAUUGCAGGUGAGGUGUAUGCGGCCGUUCUGGAUACGGUAGAGGCUAUUGUGGGCGCCGUUAAAUGGGUAUUCAAUGCCAUCAAGACGGCUAUCGAAGCCAUCAUUCGGUUUGUGCAGUUCCUAUUCGAGUGGGACGACAUCCGACGCACCAAAAACAUCCUGCACAACCUGGUUAGGCUCUUCUUCCAGCAUAAGAUCGGCCAGAUUCCCAAGGUCAAAGCUAGCUUGAAUGCCAGCGUGGCCGCCGUCCAGAAAAGCAUCAAUGAAUGGGCCGACAUCACGGAUUGGUCCGCGUUGGGCUCUACCGCCAGUCAGACCCCCGCGGAAAGCAGUGCCAACCCGAUGCAGGGUCAGACGUCGGGCUCGCAGCUGCUCGCCGGACAUUUGCGCAAUCACGCGAGUGACCUAACCCUCGUUGGAGGUACGCCCUCGGCAAGCAUUACAGAGGACCUAGUGGCCAACCUAUUGAACGCAUUGUCCGCCGAGGCCGAGGUUCUGGGAGACGUAUACACCCGAUUGCAGACUUUGGCAUUUGAUUUUCAGUCCCUGAGCGUGGAGAAGGUGCUGCAGCGGCUGGUGGGCAUCCUCGUGGACGGAGCCCUGUCCAGCGCGCAGGUAGUGAUAGAUGCUCUCCUUGAUCUACUGCAGACGCUGGCCGACGACGCACUGUCCCUUUUAGAUGCUAAAAUCCACAUUCCCGUCAUCUCGGAUAUCCUGAAUGCCCUUGGGGUUGCGGACAUCUCAUUCUUGGACCUGUUCUCGUGGAUCGCGGCGGUGGCCUACACCGUUGUGUACAAGGUCAUUGAAGGCGAGGCUCCAUUCCCGGACGAUGACAACUCCGCAGCACUCAUCGCGGCGACCAGCUGGGACGAGCUCGCGCAGUUGUUUUCGUCGCCCCAGGCCGCGGUUGCGUCACGCUCUAUCAAUCUCUCGACUACCGCCGCGCAGGGGGUCUUCGUUGCCACGCAUGCCAUGGGCGGUUUUACAUUGUUGAUGAGUAACUUCCUGACUGUCUUCGAAGCCGAGUCCCUCACCGAGGAUAAUGUCUUCGCAACACCGUCCGCCGUCAUUCAGGGCAUCACUACUGCAUGCGUCGGGGCCGGGGAUUUCCUAGUGCCCAAGGAUGCUGUCGAGAACGAGGCGAUGACGGAUCUCUCGUAUGUGUGCACCGCCCUGGGGAUAGCCAAAACCGCUCUCGGCUUCACGCCAAUCUAUGGCAAGCUCGCGACAGCAUCAAGCAAGUUUCCAGGUCUGAAACUCAACGAUGGACGUGCGGUAGCAGCCGUUCUGGAUGUAGUCCUUAUCAUUCCCCAGCUGGUGGUCACGGGCUGGCACUUUCAUGAGCUCGCGCAGAAGGAUGCCAGUGCUGAUCGGUCCGCCGCCAUCGUUGGAGAAGUAGCCAGUUUGGCUGGGGAUGUUUCCACGGUAUCGUAUGCGGUUGCGGUGAAUGAUGACGAAGAGGAGAGCCGGCAGGUCUUUAUCGGAAUCAUGGUGGCGAGUAAUGUGGUGGGGGCGGGACUGUUGACUGCUGAGUCGAUUAUUCAUUGAUUGUGUCUUAAGAUAGGGAUGGAGGGGUAUCACCGCGGAUCUUAGUACAAGGUUCAAGUUGUCUUUCACCAAUUUGAACAACUGCAAUGGAGGUCAACCUUGAAUGUAUAUUUAUCCAUCCGUUUGCACUCAAAGCAUGCAGAUCAAGUAUCACUAAUUUUAAAG